AUGGCUCCCAUCCGCGUUGGCUUGAUCGGACUUUCCAGCGCCCCUCCGGAGUCCAACGAAGGCACGGGGUGGGCAGCCACCGCCCAUCUGCCCUUCCUGCAAGCAUCGCCGCACUUUGAGAUCGUCGCCUUGCUCAAUAGCUCUGUCGAGGCUGCGCAGGCGGCGAUCCAGAAGUAUGGUCUGCCGCCGGAGACAAAGGCUUAUGGGGAUCCGAAUGACCUCGCGGCUGACAGCACGGUCGAUCUCGUCGUCAGCGUCAGAGUGGACCGGCACUUCCUCGUCGUCCGGCCCAGCAUUAUCGCCGGCAAGAUAGUCUUCGUUGAAUGGCCGCUGGACCGCAAUCUGCAGGUCGCAAAAGAAAUGGCUGCGCUGGCGGCAAAGCACAAUGCAAAGACCAUUGUCGGGCUCCAGGGCUCAUUCUCACCGUUCGUUCGCAAGCUGAAGGAGACGGUUCAGAACGGUGUCCUUGGUCAGAUUGAACCGGAGAAGACCUUGCUCAUCGUCGUGACAGUCCAUGGCGACUUGAAAUCCUUUGACAGCGCCUGUGUCCUCACCUUGCCGAGAAAAGACAUUGUCGACCCCAGUGCCGGAAACAAAGUGGUCGAAAAGGAUGUUCCUAACACUGUCCCCGAUCAAGUCCGCUUCUGGGGCACCGCAGGGCCCUCCAAUGCCGCCGUGACCGUUCUUCUUCACGGUGGACCGGGCAUCCCCGGUCAGCCGGAAACUGAGUGGCGCGUCCAAGGCACAAAGGGCUGGAUGAGACUGACGUCUGCCGGGCUGGGCCUGAAUGUCUGCAGCCUGGUCACCAAACUCGAACAUUUUGACACGGAGAGCAACACAGUCCAGGAACUGGUCCCUGACCCCGAUGAGUGGGAUUCACUGCCGCUGCCGGCGCGCAACGUCGCACGGUUGUACGAGGCGUAUCGCAAGGAUGAGUGGUAUCCGGAUUUUGAGUGGGGUGUUAAGCGGCACCAACUGAUCGAGCAGAUGUGGAAGAAGUUUGACGAGACAUAUGGCAAGCAAGAACCGUCUCUAUUGUGA